AUGCUCGGAUGGUUCCAAAAGUCAGAGGCUUCUCGCAAGUAUGUUGACUUGAUUAGGGAGGCGUCAUCCAAGUGGGCCAACUGGGACCCGCCCAAAACUAUACAGGCUGGUGAUUUCGGCACCAUCGACAAGAAGUCCGGACAGUUCGAACGGGCUGGCAAUAUCUACAGGCACUCCAAGAUGGCUGAGAUGGCGGAGAACUACCCUGUGACUGUUCAGCCCUCCGAGGAGCUCUACAGUGUCCACUCAUUUCACGCAAGGCAAGUGGCUGCCAGAGCCGACGCAAAUUCGGGAGCCUCGAGCAACGCGAAUGUCACGUUUUCCGCGGAAAUCAAGUUCGAAAACCAUCGGGGCGCAUCUCUGGUCAUGCACAAUCUGCGUAUGAGCAUAGUGCCGGACGAGUUCUUCCAAGAGGCCUGGGAUGAUGUGGACGUUCCGUGGGAUGCCCUCGACUCUGACGGAGAGGAAGAGCCAGAAGAUGAAUUCUCCGACGAAGAGUGA